AUGGAGGCGACAGGCGGCCCCGGUGCUGUGGAACCCGGCCAGAUCCGGUCUCUGAAGGCUGGUCUGUUGCGCUGCAACCACACCCGCGAACAGACGCAUGGCAUGGCGGCCUCUUCCUUGGAAGAGCUGAGCAACGAGGUUUGUGAUGUUCUGGCCAUUGACAAGGCCCUGACACCCGUUACCCUGGUCCUAGCAGAGGAUGGUUCCUUCCUGUAAUCAUCUUCCUUCCAAUACUACGUUUGUGGCCUUGCCCAUAAGGGGAAGCGGACAUAUAGCAACUCAGACGGAGGCACAGCUUCGAUUUCCCAGGAGUCCUUUGAAGCAGAUGAAACAGACAGCGGGGCAGGGGUGGAGUGGGAGAAUUCAGCCAGGGAGCUGAAAGGAGAUCUGCCCAGCGUCAUCCUGCUGUCAGAGGAGGACUCCCAGGUGCUCACUGAUGUGCCGCGUCCGUCCUACCUGGCUCAGGAACUCAGCCAGAGCUGUGCCGCUGUCCAGCGGCUACAGGACACGCUGCAGCAGGUGCUUGACAAUCGAGAAGGGGCCCGGCAGUUCCAUGGGCUCCUGCAGCUUUACCGCCAAGCUCUGGAAGAGGGCAGCAUCCUGGCAAGGCGGGAAGAGUCCAAAGCUGCCCUCAGGGAAGAGGUAGAUGCCAUGCACAUGGGCAUCAGCGGAGCGCAUGCCUCCGAAAUCCCACUUACAUGCCAGAGCCUCUCGGCGCUGCAGGAAGAGCCGGCUCCCGAGCUGAGCUUGUCUCUUUGGGAUUUGGAGUGCAGUGUUUGCCAUCAACCAUGA